CGUUUGUGUUUUAAGGCAGGCAGAUCAACAUGGCGUUUUGGAAAAAGUGGACGGAAGAAGUUUGGCUCGCUCCGAAGGAGGAAGAUGAUGGCGUCGUGCAAAAACAGCCAGUCCAGCCAAAGAGAAAGAAGAAAGCGAAAGUCGUCCAGCAAGAAGAUUACGGGGAACCCAUCGAAGAUGUUCCGAUUAAAAAAACAAAACCGACAAUCAAGGAUUACUUGCUGCUGGAUAGCCGCAUCCGCGUGUUUUACGUCGUCGUUCUUUGCGCUUUCCUUGGCCUUAUCUUCCCCACGGCCAUCAGUUAUUACCUAGGUGAGUAUCAAGCCGACCUGGGCAAUUGCAACACACCAACGCUAAACAGAUUCGAGUGCAUGUCGGGGUCGUCUGUUGCGCUGACGCAAUCCAGUUGUGAAGCAGCUGGAUGUUGCUGGGAUUCAGGAUCUGGAACACCGAAAUGUUAUCACAACAAUCCUACCAGGUACACCUACAAGGUGGACGAUAUUGUAGAAGAUUCGGAUUACAAGAUCAUUGUCGACGUGAGUCCAGAGCGUCGCCAGACGGACAUGUUCGGUAACACGAUGCCGGCCGCCAGAGUCAUCGUUAGGGCCGUCAACCGCGAUCAUCUCAUCGUCCAGAUGAUCGCACCCGGCCAAUACGAAGACACGUUCCGCCUGAUGACAGAAGACGAACGCACGCCAUUCAGCCAAACGGAUUUCCAAGUCAGCGUUUCGAUGGAAAAGAGGAAGUCCUUUGCUGUCGUCGUCAGACGGGCCAGCACGGGUGACGUGCUCUUCGAUACGUCUUACGGUCCGUUAGCCAUCACUGAAGAGUACGUCGAAAUGUCGACCACCGUGCCCAGCGAAUACAUUUACGGACUCGGUCAGGGAGAACGACGACAAUCCUUCAAGCGUAAUUUCGUUAAUUACGGCAAAACAGCGUUGCACAAUCGACAGGGAGCUGAUAGUUAUCAUCCGUUUUUCAUGGCCGUCAGUGCGGGCAGCGGCUUGUUUCAUGGCGUUUUCUGGGAUAAUUCUUAUCCGCUGGAAGUGCAGUUUUCUCCUGUUCCGGCUGUUUCAUUCCGAUCCAUGGGAGGUAGUGGAGUGUUUCACCUUUUGGCCGGAUCGACUCCAUCGGCUGUUUCGCAUCAAUUCACUCGUGACGUUAUCGGGCUGCCGAAUCCGUUGCCGCCAUUCUGGUCCUUGGGUUUCCACUUGUGUCGCGAGAAUGAUGACCCUACAGUUGGACGAAAAACGCUGGAACAAAUGCUUGCGUCCAGUAUCGGUUUCGAUUCGGAUUGCAUCGAUUUGCGAUUAUCCGGCCCUGGAAUGGGCGCCGUCGACCAGCAAAGCUUUCCGCAGGCUGCAAAUGAUCGCGAAUGGCUUCGAAAUUCAGGCAAGAAGUUUAUCUUAGCCCAACCACCUCACGUCCUGGACAUUGACCAGUUUCCCGACAAUUCCUGGAUCCUCCGCAAUCGAGCGGUUAAUAGCUCAACCGCCGAAGAUUACGAGACGGGACUUCGUUUGGAAACAGCCGUCCACUACCCGAGUUAUCCUUUAGUCAACGAGCUAUCGGACUUGUAUGACUCAAUGCUGCAGCCGGAAGGAUUUAAUUUGAUCGACAAUUGGCCAUCCAACGAGAACAAAUCAACGUGUUCCGAUCGUCCGAGAACGUUCACUCCUGAACGGAUCCGUUCCAGCAUUACCAACAACACGAUUUGCCUCGACGCGUUCCAUCCGACCCAACAACUGGAACACGUAGCUGUUCACAAUCAUUACGGCAUCCAGCACUUGAAAGCCUUCGUGGAUCAAGCGUACGGUUAUCCGUUUCUCUAUUUGAACCGGGCAUCCGCUUUAGGUAAUCUUGGACGCGCAGGAUAUCCCGGUGAUGACUAUACUGCUAACUGGGCUUCCAUGAAAAUGGCACUCGUCCAGGUAAUGGAAAUGGGUCUGUUUGGAGUGGCGUUAUCCGGCUCGCCCAUCUGCGGAGUCUACAACAGUAGCACCAUCAUCGACAAUUUGGCGGAAGUUAAAGAGGAACAGUUGUGCACACGUUGGUAUCAAAUGGGAUUGCUUUUACCAUUUGCCCAUUCAAUGACCAAGUUAAAUCACCGGGCCCGUUCACCAGUAGACUGGUCCCUGAACACGCAAAGGAUUUUGGCUAGCUACAUCCAGCUGCGUUACAAACUGCUGUCUUAUUUUUAUACCCUUUUCUACGAGGCCAGCAUGCAAGGAACACCUGUGGUUCGCCCGCUGUGGUACCAAUUCCCGCGUGAUAAUCAAACCUAUCUACUGAGUGAGCAGUUUAUGAUUGGUGGGAGUCUUAUGGUCUGCCCCGUCAUGGUGCAAGACGAUACAGAAACCAGCAUACCCAUCUCGAUCUAUUUUCCGUCCGGCACUUGGUACGACUAUUACACUGGAGACUGGAUUCAUUCCGGCGAUGGAGAGAGAACGACCGUCACAACCGGACUCAAUCAUCUCAACAUGUUUAUCCUGAACGGUUCCGUUUUCACUACGCAGGAGCCGGGAUCUUCUGCUGAGCAAACGCGUUUGAAUUCUUACACAGUGACGGUUGGUUUCCCAAUCUCGUCGAAUGUUACAGGAUGGCUCUACGUUGACGAUGGAAAGGGGGGCGACAAACCCGCUCAAGAUUUAAUUCGAUUCGUUUUUACUAGCGAUACAUUCACCAUGGAGCGGGUUAAUUUCGAAUUUCUAGGAUCAAAAGACAUUUCGACUGUCGUUGAUCGUGUUCGCAUAUUGGGUUUCGAGUUAAAGAAUGAGCAAGUCUCUCCCGAGGCCAGCUAUAACCCUUACACAAAAAUUCUUGAAUUCAAUCAACUCAACUUUGAUUGGCAUGUAAGCGAUGUCUAUAGUCUAAAAUUCGUCAUCAAGCCGUAAAUCUUUUAUAUUUUCAAAUAAUUAAUUCUAUGGUUUUUUGUAUUUCUUCGCUUUUUUGUAAAAUUGUAGUGCAAAAAAAAAAUUCGCAAAAUAA